AUGUAUGGACAAAACUGUAAUCUCGUAACACAAGAUGGACAGUUUUUUGAUAUUACUCACACGUUCAAAAUCGGCUCAUCAACGUAUCAUAUUCUUGGUCUUCGUCAAGAUCGCCCAACAUAUAGAAAUACUUAUUAUAUUUUUAAUUGCGUCGAUGAUCAGCAUGAGUCAACAAAUGAAUCAUUAACGAAAACUUCAUUUUUUAAACGUCCGACAACAGCAUCUGAACAGCAGACCCGACGACCAAAACAUCGUUCACACACAGCUCAUCGUACAUCAACGCUUCCGAUCAAUAAUUCUACUACUAAUCAAAUCAAAAGGACUAAUUCUAUAGGUUCUGAUGGGCGUGCACGUACUGAAUCACCGAAACGCGUCGAUAUUGAUACAACAAACUUUAGAGAAACAUUUCGUAAAGCAAUGCGAUUUGAACGAAAAAUGCUUGUUGCUUCACUUAGAAAAGAGAUGAAUGUUAAGAAGCGAACAUUAGUUAGAACAAUUAGAAAAGAACAAGAAGUAAUUGUACAAGCAACAACAGAAGCUAGCAAUAAAGAAGAAAUAUUUCGUCUACUAGAAGAACAAAAGAAUUCAUUGGGAAUAGCAUUUGAAAGCUAUGUUAAUACUACUAAUGCUUCUAUUGAUACUUUAAAACAGAUAUUAGUAGAAACUCUAGAUGCACAUCAUAAUGUAUCGCAAUCAACCGAACAACAUCAAUUUACUUUAAUUCAGACAAUAGAACAAGAAAUACAGAAACUUAUAUUGAAAAAUGAAGACAUUCUUAAAUCAACAUCUUCAGAAACGAAUGCUAUGAAUAAAUUACAAAAUAAUCUUACUCAAAAGAUCGAAAAUAUAUUUUUGGCUAAGAAGCGUGAUGAUGAUCUAGGAUUCAAUCGUUUAUUUUCUGAACAAAAACAAGCGUUAGUGAAUGCAGUGGCGCAACAACAACAGGCAGUAUCCCUUGAUCUCAUCAAACAAACAAUGGUUGAUGCAAUUCAGGAGCAGCAAGCAUUGCCCAAAAAAAGUAACAGUAAUAUAGAACAUAUUAAAAAAUCAAUUGAUAAUAGUACAACUAAUAUAACUGGUCAACAAAAGUCAAUUAACAUCGGUACAAUCGCUGAUAGUAAUCUACCUAAUUUGUCUAGAACGAAAUCGGUUCAACAUUCUCGUUCUCAUGAUCAAUCUUCUUCAAAGUCAACUGUAAAGAAAUUACCAGAUGAAGAUUUGUUCAAAGUUUCCAUAAGAGCACCAGAACCUGCUCAUUUAUUUGCUAAAUUAACAAUUGGCGACAAAGAAUAUUCUCGCCGAUUGCAUACAUUAUGCCAACGUGAUGUGAAUGAAAACGAUGUAUUCAAUUGUUAUGUUGCUCCUCCUGAAACGAACGGUCCGUAUGAGGUUACAAUUUAUGCUAAAACAAACAACGAAACAGCAUAUCGAGCAGCCAUAUGUAUACGAUUACCUGGAUUGAACUUAUCUCAAUCUAUCACAUUUCCACUCAUACAUCAAUCAUUUGAACAGUAUCAAUGCAUCUUAAUUGAGCCACUUCGACGUCUGUUGCGACAAAAUGAGCACGUACUAAUACAUAUGAUUGUUCCCAAUGCUCAAGUUGUGAAAAUUCGAAAUGGUGAUGAAAAUAUUGCAGUUGAUAUGAAUGAAUAUAAAAACGAUGUAGUUAAGAAAAAAAUAAGAGUUCGAGGUGACGUAAGUGUUAUUGGCUGUUGGGACAAAAAAGUUGAUUCAACUAUUUGUGUUUUCAAUAUGAUUCGCUAA